AUCGCGCAACAUAACAACACGUGCAAACUAAGUACCUUUAGUGUUGCAGUUUGUUUAAGAAAGGUACAGGAGGGAAUCAUAACACAUGGUACCAGGUGUUCAGAUAGCAUAACAGACGAUAUAACGCGUUAAACAUUCCGCCAAUUUGUAAGUUCUGGAUUGCGCUAAUUCUCUCUCCCGGAAACGUAUCGUGAGGCAGUGGUAACAGCAUUGGGAAUAACUCUCUUAAAUUGUGACUUCUAGUUAUAGGCUGUAUACUAGGCAACUGGGCAAGGAGACGUUUUUAUACAUCUUAACCAAAUUGUGACUUUCUAACUUCGACUGUGCAUAACUUUUUUAAGCAGAUGCAAAGAAGAUAACGUCAACAGUAAUAUUUCCUGUUGUGUUGCACGUGUCAAUGCAAAUAAACGAGGAUUGUGUCAUACUCCCGGAAACACAAGUCAUUUCGAGUGUGACUUUGCACCAAUUAAGACUAGUAAACAACACGACUGCAGAUAACUUGAUUAAGCCUUGACGAGAUAGAAGGCCAGGGCUAUACAGUAAAUGCCUAAAACUAUCGCGGAUUAUGCUUUUCUGAUAACGAAAGACGACACUGGAUUAAUAUUCCUCGUAUUUUCGUAGAGGACAACGCAAGAAGGGACGAUGUUGUUAAAAUUAGGCGCUGUGCUAGUUGUGCUGGGACUUUGUGUAGCUGCGCCGUCAUACAAGUUGAGGGAGAGACGGUCGGACUGCCAGGUGUCGGAGACACCCAGGGUUGAUGUCGAUAUCACGCAGUUUUUUGGCGAGUGGUAUGUGCUGGCGAGGACGAAUGGCCCCUACGAGCGGCAAUACUCGUGGGAUGGCAGCGUCUACUCUUAUGGGUCGAUGGGCAAUGCGGCUGGCUCCGUCAGUGGCCUGUUUAGUUUCAAAAAUCCAGACACGCGAAAAACAGGGUGUAUUCCACCAGUACGAGGGCAGCUAGACGGAGUAACGGAUGACCCUCGAAAUGGUGUUUACACGGCCACGGUGAUAGGCAUUGGAAUCACAGGCACAUACAACAUCGUGUGGACCGACUACAACUUUACCCUCGUGUUCGAGUGUUAUGCCCAGCCCGAGAUAUGUCGCCAGAGCAGCGCAGGCAUUGUAACUAUCCUGAGCAGAUCGAGUGACGUCAGUUCUGAUGACCUUCAGAGGAUGCAGCACAUGGCCAAACAGUUCCUGUGCACUGAAGAAGAUGAGCUUCAGCUUGUGUCGCACACGACUGUCUCGUGUAUGGAUGUUGUCAGGGAGACUUCACACAUUUUUAAACGAGAUAUUGAACGUGCUGCAGACUUGGCCGCUCAUGACUGGGCUACUCAACUUAGGGCUGGUUUAGAUGCAAUGACUGAAGAUGACCUCAUCUCUUUUCGUCCCGAACAAAUAGCAUCAGAAGAAGCUGGAAGUGGAAGUGGAAGUGGUGGCAGCUGCCCGGAUCUAAAUUGCGGAUUUGCCCCUUGCUUGUACGGCUCAGUACCAGACAACGAUGGAUGCGAGACAUGCGAAUGUAGGAGGCCAGCCAAUGCCAUUGCCACGCCUUGCGCGGAGUUAGCUUGUCCACCAUGUGCAUUUGGAUCGUACAAAGACAUCUAUGGUUGCGAUUCCUGUCGAUGUAAAGAUAAUCCAAUGGUUGUGUGCAAUACUCUUGCGAACUGUACUCUUCGAUGUAUUAAUGGUUACAUGCAGAAUGAGAAUGGUUGUAGUGUCUGUAACUGCUCCUCUGGCGGUAAUACGAGUUGUCCUGAUGUUGUCUGCAAGAAUGAUUGUGGCCCAGAUGGCCGCGUUAGGAACGAGCUUGGUUGUUACACGUGUGAGUGCGCAUGUCCGAGACUUGACUGCUGGGAUGGGCCAUGUUUGGAGGGAAGUUUAAAGGAUAAUCAUGGUUGCGACACCUGCGAGUGCACACGGGCUGCGGAUGCACCUCCAUGUCCUGCACCUGACUGCCCGCCAUGCCCUGAUGGCUCGUUCAAAGAUAGUGCCGGUUGUGAUUCUUGUAACUGUAAAUAUCUCCCUGACGUCGCAUGCCCGGUUGUCAAAUGUGCUCUUGAUUGUAAAAAUGGCCUCAAGAAGGAUCCGUUCAAUUGCGAUAUCUGCGAAUGUAGUGACGAACCAAUGACAUGCAUUGAGAUUUAUUGUGAGAAUAAAUGUAUCAAGCGCUUGAAGGGCCUUGACGGCUGUGAAACGUGCGAAUGUGAAGCAGAAGGCCUGUGCGUUGACCCGAAUUGUUGGGACGGCGAUUGUGUCCAUGGAUCAGAGCUAGAUGCUGCUGGUUGCGCCACCUGUGAAUGCAAGAUGGGGCCUGCGACCUGUCCACCAACAGACUGUCCACCCUGUCCUUUCGGAUCUUUCAAGAACAGAUACGGGUGUGAUUCGUGCAACUGUAAAACCAUACCUGAGGUAGCUUGUCGUGAACUUGAAUGUAACAAACCGUGCCUCUUGGGUUACAAAGCUGAUGAAUUCGGUUGCCCGAUGUGCGAAUGUAGCCAGAAUGAUACAAGAUGCGUGGAACCUUUCUGUGAGAACGCAUGCGCCACAUAUCGAGUAAAAGGUCCUGAUGGAUGUGAUACUUGUGAGUGCGCAUGUCAGGAGACCGACUGCUGGGAUGGACCUUGUAAAUACGGCUCGAAACAAACCAAAGAUGGGUGUGCGACCUGUGAGUGCUUACGCCCAAAGAAUAAAACUAUACCAUGCCCGAAGAUCUCCUGUUCUGGCGCUCCUUGUGACUUUGGAUCGUUCAAGGAUAGUUCCGGCUGCCCUACCUGUUCUUGUAAGGGUCCGCCUGAGGAUACCUGCUUCGAUUUAGAGGGUCUGAAUUGUCAGAAUAAGUGUCCGAGUGGCUACCGGAGGGACAGCAUGGGGUGCUAUUCCUGCGACUGCACACCAGCAAACUUGAAGGACCCUUCGAAGUGCCCUUUCCUUGUCUGCGAUCCUACGUGCCCGAAUGGUUAUGUAUUUGAUCAAGCAGGUUGCGCCACAUGUGAGUGUGAAGCAGUAGGACUACCAGCAGACGCCGUCUGCCAGGAACCAUUCUGUGAAAAUACUUGUGAUCUAGGCCGCGUCAAAGACGCUAACGGAUGCGAGACAUGUGAGUGUAUUUGUCCGCCUUUGACUUGCUGGGAUGGCCCCUGCAUAUUCGGGUCUGUCAAGGACGUCUCUGGCUGUGACACUUGCGAAUGUACUCGACCCCAAAGACCCGACAUAGCUUGUCCUUAUCUUGACUGCCCCAGCGGACCCUGCUACUUUGGAUCAUACAAAGAUAAACUCGGUUGCGAUAGCUGCAAGUGUAAGAAACCUCCAGCGGUUGCCUGUCCCAGUCUAGAGAACUGUAAGCUUGAAUGCAGUUACGGACUGCUCCAGCCUCAGCAUGGAUGUACCAUUUGUAUGUGUGCACCCGGACCCAAGCCCGUCCAGUGCAAGCUGUUGCCAUGUCCAAGUGUGUGCCUGUCUGGUUACAAGAGGGACGGAAAUGGUUGCCACACGUGCGAGUGUGACUGCCCACCAGCAACCUGCUCAGAGCCAUGUGCCACUGAGUAUCUGGUGAAUGAAUUUGGUUGUCAGACAUGUGAAUGUAAAGGUCUCACCGGGAUGCCCAUUGGGGACCCCAUUGCAGAGCCCUUGGCCUUGAAGUCGAACUGCACCGUACCGUUCUGUGAAAACGAAUGUCAGCAUGGAAGGGUCAAGGACAAAUCAGGCUGUGAUACAUGCGAAUGUGCCUGUGCUAAGUUAAACUGCUGGGAUGGGCCGUGUCGCUUCGGUUCUGUGCCUGAUCCAAAUGGGUGCGAUACGUGCGAUUGUAUCCGCCCGAAAGAACCAACACUCGCCUGUUCGUAUCUUGACUGCAAAGGUGGCGGCUGUAAAUAUGGAUCAUUUCCAGAUAAGAAUGGCUGCGCUUCCUGUAAGUGUUUGCCCCUGCCGCCAGGGACCAUAGCUUGUCCUGAAUUCUCCUGUGAUCUGAAGUGUGAAAAUGGCUACGUUAACGAUGAUGCAGGCUGUCAGAAAUGUGAGUGUUUGUCAUUCGCGCCUCCUCCAGUGACAUGUGAAGUGCAUGCGUGUCAGCUGAAAUGUCCCUAUGGUUACAGGACUAAUGAACUUGGCUGCCUAACUUGCGAAUGCAAAUGUGAGUUCCCAGCCUGUUGGGAUGGCCCGUGUCGCUAUGGUUCCAAGCUGGACAAAUAUGGCUGCCCUUCCUGUGACUGCUUUCGGCCUGAGUUCCCAACCAUGUCCUGUGGGCUGCUGGAUUGCCGAAGCAGGACUUGUAGGAACGGAUAUGCUUUGAAUAGAUUCGGCUGCCUGACGUGUCGCUGUAAACCGGAAGUAGAUGAACCAAUCCCAGAAGGCAGUGGUGAGGUGACAGAAUGUGACGAAAUUCCGGCCAUGUGUCCUUUCCAUUGUCUGUACGGUAACUUGAAAAAUGAUAAUGGUUGUUUCACGUGCGAGUGCGCUGCUCCACCUGAUUCUCCAGCACUGCCAUGUCCGAUGAGAAAAUGCUUGCCUUGUGAGAAUGGUUACCUUAAAGAUGCAAAUGGCUGUCAAUCAUGUGAUUGUUUGCCAAAAAAGAGGAGAGAGCUUCCAGAGAAUUGCCGAAAAGAUUGCUCAGCAAUGUGUGGCUUUAAUUAUAAGAUGAGAAAGGACGAGAACGGCUGCGAGAUCUGUACGUGCCUCCUGGAUUCCGCUAAUGAAGUUCUGAAACCUUGGGAUGUGACGCAGAAUGACGCCGCCAUAGCCCAGGUUGAUGUUGUUGUUGGGCCAAAACGAGACAGUGACGGAACCGAGGCUGUGCGGCCAUCACUACAAGAAGACGCUCCGAUUCCUAUUCUGGAUGCGAUGGGAAAUAUUGGCAGUGUUGAUGUGGUAGAGUCGGGGGAAGUAGCGCCCGGUUACGAGGUAGCCCCAAAAAUGUCGGAAAGUAACCCUCGUGAACAGGAAGUGGGGCCAGCGUAUGGAAUAGCCUCGAACCCCGCCGGUGAAACAGAUGAAGAAGAACCUUAGCACCAUCACUCCAGAGCCGUGUUGGGUUGAGACAUUCUAGAUAUAUUAAAGAGUAAUGCCAGUAUUAUGACUUUUAAUGAUACAUGUAUGUGAUAUGCCCUGUACAUUUGAUAGAUUGUAUUCCUUCGUAAGGUUUUGCGAGUUGACUAUACUCCCAUGAGAUGGGCUGUUCGCUGCUGUUUCCGCACUUUGGAUCCUGUACUACACGUAGCAGUAGCCCGGAGAAAGUAAAGUGCUUUAAAACAACCACGCCAGUCUUUGAGUUUGCUAUGUGAUCGAACUUGGCCAUCGCAGAAGCUGAUGCUUACCUAAAUGAAGAAAGAUCCCGGCAUUCGCUGCAUAUUUUCAGACAUUUAUAGAUGAGUUUAGAUUCUCUUCUUUGGGAGAAGAACGGGUUCACUGAUGAACUGCAACAUAAAAAGGUCCGUGUGUCUCCACAAAUGAGUGGUUUAGUGAUACGUUGCGUACAUUCGAGUAGAGUUCUCUGGUAGUGUGAAUGACCCGGCACUGCACAUCGAUAUAACGGCGUAGUGGAAUGAUGUCGAGCUUGUGUAAUAAAACGUCGAUGUGACCACUUUGCACAAGUCAAUUAACAGCGAUUUGGGAUUUGCUUUAUUGUAAAUGCAUAGAUGUUCUGUAAAUAAGACAAUAAAAUGCCAAUUGACUCAAA